UACACACACACACACACACACACGCGCGCACACACGGGCAACGAUCGCACUCGGUCUUGAACGAGAAGCGGAUGCCUGUGUACGAGAGGAUCCGUUCUCGUUGCGUCGGCCCGUCGUAUGUGUGAAACGCUCUUUCCGCUAGGUUGUCAAUACGAUCGUACGUGUAAAAUCGACCGCCGGCCAUAAAAUAAUAACGAUGGAGCUCAACGGUGCGGGAACGCCCGUCGGGGCCGUGGCUUGUCCCGUGUGUACUCUUUAUUUACGCGAGGGUAUCAGUCUGCAAAAACAUCUGGACACUCAUCCCAAGGAACAGGUUAUAGAGGCUCUUAUCAAAGCCAGCGCCUCCUCGUUGCAGACGCAACAGCAACAGCAGCAGCAACAACAACAACAACAACAACAACAACAAGCUCUACCAGCUCCAGCAGCAGCAGUAGCGACAACAACAGCAACGUCAUUACCUUUAUCAUUGCAAUCGCAAGCUACACUUCAGACCCCUUCUUCUAUCCAGACGCCUCAAACGUCGUCCCAGGUCUCGCAGAAUGCGCAUAUUUCUACUCAUUCACCAUAUCCUGUAGGACCUAUCUUCGAAUGUCCGCCCAUAAGCACCAUGAUGCCACCGCAGUUCACCUCAUUCAGCUAUCAGCAAUUUGUGAACAAUGGGACCAUGAUGAUACCGCAGUACGCGAUGGCGCCGCAAGCCAAUCAGAUGAUGCAGAUGCUGUAUAAUCCAUAUGGUAUGUACCAACAGCAAAUACCCACCGUCCAAAUGAUCUCACCAGUUGCAGCUAUUCCUGGCGCGACGACGAGGGCCCGACCAGUAGUCACGGUGGCUGGGGAGAGCAACGUCAGAACCCUGACAGUUCCUGUAAAUAGUCCUGAGCCGAAGCAGAUUCUGCCCGAGAUUCUACCAGAUACGGAGUCCGAGGCUGGACAAGUUAUACCGGAUGUGAGUCUUUCGGCCUCGCCGGUGUUGCAGAACGAGGAUAUAUCCGUCAGGGUGAGGGAGGAGAGCGACGACGGCAGUGCACUGCCGAUUGAUCACCGGCAGCAGACGCAAAGUUCUACAUCCGCUGGUGAAAAUACGGUGCAGCACGAAUAUAAUACUAUUACUAGAUCUAUUACAAUCGCUUGCGCUAUAGAUAAUACCGAUGACAAAGUGGAGAGUGUGUUGCCGGACAUGGUGGACGAGGAGCUGCCGACCAGCAUUUCGACCACGGAUAUGCAAUGUAAAUCUGUGACGUACGAGCAACCGGAAACACAACAGUUUACGCAGCAGAUCAUGGAGAAGGGGUAUAUAAGUGUAUCCAGUAGAAAAUCUAAUGCGACGGCUGACGCCGACUCCGUGGCUUGCGAUCGCGAGUCGGAAGUAAUAAGCGACGAGAGACCCGUAAGUCAUGGCAGCAACGGUACCGUUGUCAACAGUAACGUUGCAUCUCCGCGGGAUAUAAUAGCAAUAGACGCGUUGAAAGACUCUGUCCAACCCGAGCUUAACUCGGUAGAAAAAUUGGAGAAUCUGAUAACGAUAAUGGAAACGGAACUUAAUAAUGCUUCGCUGCAGAAAGACAGUAAUGUGCAAAAUGAUCAGGAGAGAUUGGUAGACGCGAAGGAGAAGAACGCCGUGGUGGAUCGGGAGGAGAGUGUGAUUCACGAUACGGUAGUCACAAUUCCAGGUGCCCACGAGAAAGAUCACAUAUUGCCCGACAUACAGGAGGAGAACAAUACGUGGAGCCCGAGUAAUUACGUAGCCAAUGAACUGAGAAUGUUAGAGAAACGUUGUCGUUCGUUAUGCAAAAUAGACUGUUCGAAAGUAAACGACACCCUAGAAAGAACUUUGGAUAGAACUUUUCAUUCAGAUAAUUAUAAGUAUAGUUUUUCAGCGCCUGCGUCCCCAAUUGCGAGGAAGAAGGGUCGCAGAAACGUGCGUCACUACAGCUCGCGAUCGGAGCAUGGGUCGUACGAAAAUCUCAGCGGGUACCGCCAUCGUGUCGGCUUCGAUGACGCGACGCCUAUGCAUGACGACGAUGACGAGGAUGACGAUGAUGACGACGAGGACGACGACGAGGACGUAGACGAGGACGAAAACGAGAAAAUGGACGAAGAGGACAAUUUCGACGAGGCGGACAUGGAGAUCGAUGAAAUUCCCAGUCCACACACGCCCUUCGCGGAUUGCGGUGUCCGUUCGCAUACGCCAUUGUCCACGAUCAGCGGUAUUUCCGUGUUGAGAGUCAGGAAGGAUCUCAGCAAACCGUGCUCACCCACGUCCGUACACUCGUUUCACCACGUCGACAGUGAUAGCGUGACUCACGAUGAGGACAGCAAUGGCGUAGGUAACACCGCAGAAAAAGAUCCGAUUGACUGUUCUCAGGUAGAGGAGGAGAAAAUCAAGACUGAUCAUCAGCGUCAGGAGGCACAGGUCGCGGUAUGCGAGAACGUCGCGAAGGUUCAGGAAUCGAGUAGCAGCUACACGUACCAUCAGUCCGUGAUUACCGAGCACGUCAGUUCGUUCCCCGUGAUACACUCGCAAUCGUCCGUCUUGAUGCACGAGUCCUAUUCCAUCACGACGAGCACCAAGACGCAGAAUCUCCUGAAUCUCUCGGAGUCGAUCAAUCCUACAACUAGCGCCGAAUCCAGGAGUUUUCACUCCGCCAAGUCGUUGAUGCCGAAGCAAUCGAUGGAACUGCUCAACAUAAAUGAGGAUGCUCACGCCGGGCCGAUUAAUGUCUUUGAAUUCGACGGACUGCAAAUAUUAGUUCCUACUAGUACGUUUAUAAGUGACUCGUCCCAGAAAGCGGUGAGCGCGACUAGCCAGCAAUCCAUGGCAAGUAGCGAGGGUGCGAUAGGCAUCGACGAGGAGGUGAAGAGUAUUAAUAUGCGUGCCGAUGAGACUAUGCCGCCCAGAGGCGAAUUGUCGGAACAAGAAAGCAAUGGGUGCACGGAGCAGUCUGCAUGGCAGUUGUACAUGGGUCAAGAAUCCUCACGCAUGUCAACUUCUUAUGAUCUUUUGGCUCGAGAAAGCUGGGAAGAAUCGGAAGGAUCCGACAACGAGAUCAGCGGGCCGUUGUUGGACAGUAGAUCAUUGGCUACGCAUUUUACAUCAAGUCUGUUUCUGGAUCGAGACCGAAAGACACCGACCAAACGGACAUUCAAGUGUUCUCACUGUAGCGAAGUGUUCGAUUGCCCAAAGGAGCGCAGAGUUCACAGCACAACAGUUCACAAGGAUGCGAUGCCCAGUAGCAGUAGAGACCAAUUGGAUCAGCCAGAGGUAAAGGACAUCAAAUUGCUGGACAAUCGUAUAAACAUGUUCGACGAUAUAUUUGUGCCGAGUAUACACAUGCAACAGAUGUAUCAUCAUCAGCAACCUCUCUUGCAUCAGCUGCAGCCGCCAUCGCAGCCUGGCUCGGAUGGUCUGACGAAGGCCGAAAAUGACCAGAAGAUCGGUGAGAAUCUGGUGAUACCCUCAAACAUCGAGGUGAUCUGCACGAUAUGCAAUCAGCGAUUCAACAGCGAGAAGUCUCUGCAGGCACAUCAUCGGCGCGUGCAUAUCGCUGAUGUAAACAAACGCAUACGCGAGACUUCCAAGUGCCAGAUAUGCAAUGAAGAGUUCCCAUCAGUGUUCCUAUUCAACGCCCACUUGAAGAUACAUCCGUUAGAAUGCGGACAGUGCGGCAAGUAUUUCUACCGGAAGCAGAACUUUAAGCUCCAUAUGAAACGACACCUGGGCAUCAAGCCGUUCCCGUGCACCGUGUGCGACAAGGCGUUCCUUACCAAACAGAAGUUAGAGGAGCAUACCAACGGUCACACCGGUAACGCGCCCGUUCGUUGUAGCCUAUGCAACGAGACCUUCCGUAGAUACUCGAAUUUGACUCAGCACAAAAACAGACACCAUCUUAAUAUCAAGAAGAAGCUCAAAGACUAUAUAUGCCACUGCGGUGAGGUGUUUCAUACGAAAAAAAAACUCGCCUGGCACAAGGAGACUCACGAUGAGAAGCCCAAGGCGUGCACGUAUUGCAAUGAGCGAUUCAUCCACAUGGCCAGCCUGACGCGUCAUAUGCGUCGCGCUCACAAUCGCCGAUUCGUGCCCGAUGCCCAGCGCGAAAGUGAGAACGUCGAGUGCCCAAUUUGCAAGUGUAUCUACCUGCGAUCCUCGCUGGCGGUGCAUAUGCGAGUGCAUAACGGGGAACGGCCGUACGAGUGUCAGGUCUGCUCCAAGGCGUUCAGUACCAAGUGGAAUCUGCAGCUGCACAAAUGGACUCACGCGGCGCGCAGCACCAAGCCGUUCAAAUGUACUCAGUGCAGCGCGGCGUUCUAUCGUCACAGCGAUUACACGGCGCACAUGAAUUCCCAUCGGAACGUGCGGCCGUACACGUGCAACUAUUGCGGCGCGCAGUUCAUCCGCAAAUACAAUUGCCUGCGGCACGUAAAGGAGCACGAGGAGAACAAGGCGUACACGUGUGAUGUGUGUAACAAAACCUUCCACCGCUCGUACUAUCUUAAGGAGCACUUACGGGUGCACUCGGGCGCGCGACCGUACACGUGCCACAUUUGCGGUAAGUCCAGCGGCACCAAGUCCAAUCACAACAAGCACGUGCGAAUUCAUCAUGCGCGCGAGCCUGUAAAUACCGAGAAUAAGAAUAAUCUCUUGAGAGAAAUCAAUUGUUUUGAAAAAAUGUCAACGAGAAGAAAAGCCGACACGCAGGUGCCGGCCGAGGAGAGCGAUUUGCUGUCGAUUCGGCCUCUUGGUGCAGGCCAAGAGGUCGGCAGGUCGUGUAUUAUGUUAGAAUUUAAGGGGAAGAAAAUAAUGUUGGACUGCGGCAUACACCCGGGUCUUUCGGGAAUGGACGCACUCCCGUUCGUCGAUCUCGUCGAGGCCGACGAGAUCGAUCUGUUGUUGAUUUCUCAUUUUCACUUGGACCAUUGCGGUGCCCUGCCCUGGUUUCUGCAAAAGACGAGCUUCAAGGGUCGCUGUUUCAUGACGCACGCCACCAAGGCGAUUUACCGCUGGCUAUUGUCGGACUACAUCAAGGUGAGCAACAUAGCCACCGAACAGAUGCUGUACACCGAGUCCGAUCUGGAGACCAGCAUGGACAAAAUAGAGACUAUCAAUUUCCACGAAGAGAAGGAUGUGUUCGGGAUCAAGUUCUGGGCCUAUAAUGCAGGUCAUGUUCUGGGCGCCGCUAUGUUCAUGAUAGAGAUCGCUGGUGUGAAGAUCCUGUAUACAGGAGACUUCAGCCGGCAGGAGGACAGACAUUUGAUGGCCGCCGAGAUUCCAAAUAUCCAUCCUGACGUACUGAUUACAGAAUCCACUUAUGGUACUCACAUCCAUGAGAAGAGAGAGGAUCGAGAGGGUAGAUUUACAAAUCUUGUACAUGAAAUUGUCAACAGAGGUGGUAGAUGCCUGAUACCUGUAUUUGCUCUAGGAAGAGCGCAGGAGCUUCUUCUCAUUCUGGACGAAUAUUGGAGUCAACAUUCAGAACUGCAUGAGAUACCAAUUUACUAUGCUUCCUCCUUGGCAAAGAAGUGUAUGGCUGUCUAUCAAACAUAUGUGAAUGCCAUGAAUGAUAAAAUUCGACGACAGAUAGCUAUCAAUAAUCCUUUCGUGUUCAAGCACAUCUCAAAUUUGAAGGGGAUAGAUCAUUUCGAAGAUAUUGGUCCAUGUGUCGUGAUGGCCUCUCCUGGUAUGAUGCAGAGCGGCUUGUCAAGAGAGCUGUUUGAAUCUUGGUGUACAGAUGCGAAGAACGGAGUCAUAAUAGCUGGCUAUUGCGUGGAGGGCACGCUGGCCAAGACCAUUCUAUCGGAACCAGAAGAAAUUACAACUAUGUCUGGGCAAAAGUUGCCAUUGAAAAUGUCUGUAGAUUACAUAUCAUUUUCCGCCCACACAGAUUACCAACAAACAUCGGAGUUCAUACGUACUUUGAAACCUCCGCACGUGGUGUUGGUGCAUGGUGAGCAAAAUGAAAUGGGUCGAUUGAAAGCGGCGUUACAGCGAGAAUAUGAGGACGAUCCCAACACUACCAUGGAGAUACACAAUCCACGAAAUACGGUCGCAGUCGAGCUGUAUUUUAGAGGUGAGAAGACCGCCAAGGUGAUGGGCACUCUGGCAAUGGAGACUCCCAGGCCAGGACAGACGUUGUCCGGCGUCCUGGUGAAGAGGAAUUUCAAUUAUCACAUGUUGGCUCCGUGUGACCUAUCCAAGUAUACGGAUAUGAGUAUGAGUCAAGUCAUUCAACGGCAGAGUGUAUACUUCUCCGCAUCGUUGCCCGUACUGAAGCAUUUGCUGACGCAGAUAGCCGGUACGCUCGAAAUCGUAGAUGAUAAGAAACUGAGGGUGUUCAAGAAUGUUGACGUUACAAUUGAUGGCAAAAUCGUCACGAUGGAGUGGGUGGCGACGCCGGUGAACGACAUGUACGCGGAUUCGGUUCUCACCGCAAUCUUGCAGGCUGAGCUCAUGGACCAAUCGCCUAAAGUUUUACCUGCACCUACUAAAAUGGACAGGAUGCACUUCAAGGAGUGCCUUAUAGAGAUGCUGCAGGAAAUGUUCGGCGAGGAUUCUGUGCCCAAGAUAUUCAAAGGUGAGAAACUCUACGUCACGGUAGAUGGUAAGAAGGCGCAUAUAGACUUAUUGAAUUUGGAAGUGACCAGCAAGGAGGACGAAACUUUCCAGCAAAUAGUGCAAACGGCGGUGACGAAAUUGUAUCAAUCGUUAGCUCCACCCUGCGAUGUAAUAUAGCGCAAAUAAACACCAUUAAUUUAUAUUCGUAAUAAACACCAUUUUGUAUUGUUAA